AUGCCCAUUCGCGUCAAGAAGAAGCCAAUGCCGCAGGAGCGGGACCUGAGCCCCGUGUCCAUGCGCGUCGACACGGUCUACGAGCUGCCCGACAUUGAAACCACCGAUAGCUUUCGAGAGGUGGUCAAGAAGAUCUCGGUUUACAUUACCGAUGUCAUUGUUCUGCCGAGCACCUUUGAGCAGCUGAGGACCACCACCGCCGGUGAGUGCUUGAGGAUCUUGGUUGAUCAUCUCAAUGCCACCUGCACCAACCCCGCCAUUGUCAACGCCUUGCUCGCCCUGAAAUGGCACUAUGCGGCCGACGAGGCCGAGUCCAACAAGGGUCUCUGCGAAGCCCGCGCCAACGCCUGCGAGAUUGUCGCUUGGCGUUUCCUCACCCGCCUAUCGGAGCGGGAGGCCGUCGACUACUGCCUUUAUGAGAUUCCCGACCCGAAGCAGGCAGAGACGCCGCCGCCCAAUGUCGACCUGGAGAGCAACGAGAACUCGCCCCUGCUCUCUGGCGGUAGCUGGUCUGGCUCUAACAGCAGACGCGCCUCGGUCCGCCCUGGAAGCAGUGCCAAGCGCUAUCAGCUGCUGUCCUCCUUGUCCAGGCUCACCAUGAGCAUGCACGCUGAUGAAGAUGGCCAGGAAGAUGAUGACCCGACCGGCCCCUUCACCAACCUGAACGCUCUUGAGAUUGCGGCUGUCGCUGAUGCCAAGCGCUUCCUCAGCCAGCACGUUGUGCAGAAGAUCGUCACUGGCAUCUGGAACGGAGACAUCAUCUUCUGGGACAGUCUUUCCGUCCAUGCCGAGAAGAAGCCCCGUUUCUACAACGCCCACACCACCGACAUCUUCUCCCGUUUGAGGGUCCCCAAGUACCUCAAGGCCUGGGAGGCCUUCUUCUUCCUCAUCUUCCUGAUUCUCUACUACUCUGUGCUCGUCCAGCAAAACACUGAGCGCAUCACUCACAACGAAAUCGUCCUGUACCUCUGGCUGGCUGCCUUCCUCUACGAUGAGCUGAGCGAGUGGGCGGAUGCUGGCACAAUCUUCUACGCAACCGACAUCUGGAACAUGUUUGACAUGAUCAUGAUUGGCAUUGGUAUCGCCUUUGCUGUUCUGAGGGUUAUUGGCAUCACCAACCAGGACAGGGAAAUCACCGACCUCGCUUUUGACGUCUUUGCUCUUGAGGCCCUAUUCAUGGUCCCGCGUGUCUUCUCCCUGCUCAGCUUGUCACCCUACUGGGGUACUCUGAUCCCAUGCCUGAAGGAGAUGAGCAAGGACUUCAUCAAGUUCAUGGUCCUCGUCGUCAUCAUCUACCUCGGCUUCUUGACGACCUUCUCCCUCAUCGGCCAGGACGCCUACAACUUCUCACAUAUGACGAUGAUCUUGACAAAGAUCUUCUUCGGCUCUUCCUACGUCGGUAUCGAGAUUAUGGAGGACAUCAACCCCAUCUUCGGCCCGACUCUCAUGAUCAUCUUCAUCAUCCUCAGUACCUUCCUGCUGAUGGGUUCCCUGACUGGUAUGCUGUCCAACAGCUUCUCCCGUGUCAUCACCCAUGCCAAGGAGGAGUACCUCUACGUGUACAGCGUGUACGUGCUUGAGGCCUCGACUAGCAACCGGCUCACGCACUUCUACCCGCCGUUCAAUCUCAUCGCUCUCGUCAUCUUCCGCCCUCUGCGCCUCUUCCUCCCCUCCGACGACAAGUUCCGCCAGGGCCGCAUCCUCCUGCUCAAGGCCACUCAUCUGCCCAUCGUUGGUGUCAUCCAACUCUACGAGAGCGUCCGCCGCCGCGUCCUCCCUGACGAGUAUGCCGGUUUCAAGGGACCUCGUGCCGCGACGGGUCUUCUGAAGCCCAACGCCCGGAACGCCCUGCAGGCCAACCGCCCGUCUUCGGGCUACCGACCUGGCCGUUCUCCAUACCGCCGCAACGGGAGUCAUUCGAGGCCGACUACCCGUGCCGCCGACAUCGAUGAGGCCGAUGCCCCAUCUGCCGUCGAGGUCCGCAUCACGGAGCUCAAUGAGAAGAUUGACAAGCUCACUGCUCUCAUCGAGGCGAUGCAGCAGCAAAGCUCUGGAAGCUCCUCUCCCCCUUGA